AUGACGUCAGCGGCGGCCACGGAUGCGGAGGAGGCGGCGGCGCAGGCGCGGGCGGUGUAUGGGGAGCGUUUUGUGGACAAGGCGCGGCGCGUGCAGGCGCAGUCGCCGCACGGCCGGCGCCCCGGCUGGGCCGUCCGCCCCGUCAUCGUCAAAUCCGGCGACGACUGCCGGCAGGAGCUGCUGGCGGCGCAGCUGAUCCGCGCGCUGGCGGACAUCUUCCAGGAGAGCUCUCUCCCGCUCUACCUGCGCCCGUACGAGGUCUUAGUCACCAGCAACCGUACCGCGCUGAUCGAGCUGGUGCCGGACUCGCUCUCGGUGCACACCAUCAAAGCCAAGAGCGCGCCGGGAGCCUCGCUGUCGGACCACUUCUUCGCCAAGUUCGGCCGCGGCACCGCCGCCUGCCUCGCCGCGCAGCGCGCGUUCGCCGAGUCCAUGGCCGGCUACAGCAUCGCCUGCUACCUGCUCCAGAUCAAGGACCGGCACAACGGCAACAUUCUGCUGGACGACGCGGGGCACCUGAUCCACAUCGAUUUUGGGUUCAUGCUGAGUAACUCGCCCGGCAGCGUCAACUUUGAGGCGGCGCCCUUCAAGCUGACGCGCGAGCUGCUGGAGGUCAUGGACUCCUCCUCCGAGGGCCACCCCUCCGAAAUGUUCGACUACUACAAGGUGCUGUGCAUCCAGGGGUUCCUGGCGAGCCGCAAGCACGCGGACCGCAUCAUCCUGCUGGUCGAGAUGAUGGCCGCCAGCGGAUGCCCCUGCUUCAAGGCCGGCGCGCGCGCAGUGCACAACCUGCGCAAGCGCUUCCACCUCAACCUGACGGAAACCCAGUGCGUGGAGGUCGUCUUGGCCAUGAUCGCUGACUCGUUGGACGCCUGGCGCACUCGGCAGUACGACUACUAUCAGCGCGUGCUCAAUGGCAUCCUCUGA